UUUGAGGCUAAAUUCGACAAGAAAUCUGACAUCAAGUUUUAAAAACGUGGAAUACAGAAUAGGAAAUUCCUGGAUAUCUGGCUAUGCUCCACGGUACUCUACUCCACAGUAUUAUGGCGUUUGUGAACGAUUGGGACUACCCACGUUCUACAAUAAACUGUCGUCAUAUGCAGUUCCUCCUGAUACCGAAUUAGUUGAUUCUACGUGUAUGAAAGACGAGUUUUCUCGUCUUAGUCUCAAUUACACCAAGUGUGAUAAAAAAGAGGAUGAUAACUAUUUCUUCUAUCUACCUCGGGCAAAAGCUGAAACAGCAACAUGUUUAAGCGAUUGUCCUAACAUGAUGUUUUUCAAUGCGACUUCUUUUGACUGUGUCCCAUGUAGCUGUAACAACAACAACACAAAAUCCUGUAACCAGACGACAGGAGAAUGCCUGUGCAAAGCGGGAUUUUAUGGACCAUCAUGUGACUGCGUCCAAAAUCAGCACAACUGUAACAAUACGUUUUCCUAUUGUACCUAUCAAGAAACUACUCCUGUUUGUAAUUGUCGAGUCGGUUUUUAUGGAAAGCAUUUGGGCUGUUUCGAAUCACUAAGAUUCAUCGGGGAUACCGGAGUUUUGCAAAUGUAUCAUCAGGAACAAUGGAUGCUAAUCGCUUCCAGUUACAGCUGGGAUAACGAGGAAUCUAAAAUUAUUUGCACUCAGUUGGGUUUACCAUCAUUUUAUAUGUCAUACGUAUCGACGAGACGAAGUCAGACAGGACUUAUGUACAGUGAUUAUAAUAACAGGAAAAGGAUUACUUAUCUAUCUUGUACAGGAGACGAAAAAGAAGUAUCCCAAUGCUCAUUUAGCACAUCUAGCUAUAUGUCUAGUUAUUCAUCGUUGGCAGUUUUGGAGUGUCGAUCAG